AAGCUGCAGAUUCUUGUUGACACCGGGAGCAGCAACUUCGCCGUGGCCGGCGCCCCGCAUCCUUACAUAGACUCCUACUUUGACACCCAGAGGUCCAGCACUUACCGUCCCAAGGGCUUUGAUGUCACUGUGAAGUACACGCAAGGCAGCUGGACAGGCUCCGUGGGGGAGGACUUGGUCACCAUCACAAAGGGCUUCAACACUUCCUUCCUCGUCAACAUCGCCACCAUCUUCGAGUCGGAGAAUUUCUUCCUGCCUGGCAUUCAGUGGAAUGGGAUCCUGGGGCUCGCUUACGCGGCCCUGGCCAAGCCCUCGAGUUCUCUGGAGACGUUCUUCGAUUCCCUCGUGACGCAAGCCGGGAUCCCCAACGUUUUCUCCAUGCAGAUGUGUGGGGCGGGAUUGUCCGUGGCCGGAUCUGGUACCAACGGAGGUAGUCUUGUCCUGGGAGGAAUUGAACCAAGUUUGUACAAAGGAGACAUCUGGUAUACCCCGAUUAAGGAGGAGUGGUAUUAUCAGAUCGAAAUUCUGAAGUUGGAAGUCGGAGGCCAGAGCCUUAAUCUGGACUGCAGAGAGUAUAACGCAGACAAGGCCAUCGUGGACAGCGGCACCACACUGCUGCGCCUGCCCCACAAGGUGUUUGAUGCGGUGGUCGAAGGCGUGGCCCGCGCGUCUCUGAUUCCAGAAUUCUCGGAUGGUUUCUGGACUGGAUCCCAGCUGGCAUGCUGGGCAAAUUCCGAAACACCUUGGUCUUACUUCCCGAAAAUCUCCAUCUACCUGAGAGAGGAGAACUCCAGCAGAUCCUUCCGCAUCACUAUCCUGCCUCAGCUUUACAUUCAGCCCAUGAUGAGGGCUGGCCUGAAUUAUGAGUGCUACCGAUUCGGCAUUUCACCUUCCACGAACGCGCUGGUGAUUGGUGCUACCGUGAUGGAGGGCUUCUACGUGAUCUUCGACCGAGCUCGGAAGAGGGUGGGCUUCGCCGCCAGCACCUGUGCAGAAAUUGCAGGUACCCCGGUGUCUGAAAUUUCUGGGCCUUUCUCAACAGACGACAUAGCCAGCAACUGUGUCCCCACCCUGCCUUUGAACGAGCCCAUCUUGUGGAUCGUCUCCUAUACUCUCAUGAGUGUGUGUGGAAUCAUCCUUCUUACCUUAAUCAUCCUGCUACUCCUCCCGGUCCGGUGUCGGCACGGCCCCCGGGACCCCGAAGUUGUCAACGAUGAGUCCUCCCUGGUCCGGCAUCGCUGGAAAUGAAGAGCAAAGCCUGAACUCCAGCAACCUUGAACUCAGCUCCUAAGAGAAUUAAGUCCUAAGUGCAGCAGGCAGGGGGCGCCCAGCCAGGGUGCUCCCCGUGUCCAUUACUCUUAAAUCUCUCUUCUGCUCCCAGAUGCCUUCCAGAUUCACUGUAUUUUGAUUCUUGAUUUCUUAGCGCCCUUCUUCCGAGAAAAAUGAUAAUAAAACCACCUCAAUCUAAACCAAAACAGAGUGCAUUGGGCUUCAGACCAUGUGACUGGCAUACCACACCGUCUUGUUGUGCCUCGAAACCAAAAGCAAGCCGCGCUCCACUCCCAUCUCUGGAGAAGGGAGGGCAUGUAGUCCAUCUCUCCUCUCGCCUCCCGGGAAGCUUGGCACCCAUUGCACUUAAAGGUGUUCUGCACCAGGCGUCCACCAGGGCCCGAGGGGUCCAAGAAGGCUCACAACGCGAUGGCAGGAGAAGCAGCCUGGGGCCUGAUGAUAGAACCAGCCGCCCUUCUGAGUCGGAGACAGCAGCAGGCCCCUUUUCUGGGCCUUUCUGGGCCCUGAGUGGAGAUCGGCACCCAGUGGUCCUCACCAGCCCCUCUGAAGAUGCCAGGCCUUCGCCCAUCGCGAUGGAGUGAGGAGGAAGCCCGCUCUGUUGUACUCAGUGCUUCCAUAGUGUUGCUGGCGUGAAGGUCAAAGACAGACGCUACCUCCACCGGCACUCCGCCCGGGGUCCUACCCCAGGUGGAGGUGCAGGAGGCUGGUUCCAGCCGUCGCCCUGUCCUGAAAGAACCUUCCUUCCAGCAGGCCGGCGGCUGGCUCUGAACCGCACGUGUGUCAGGAGCUUCCGCCACCACCCCGGCUCUAGCUCAUAUGCUCAUCUGAAAGUCAGUAAACAGCGUUUCAGUGAGAGAAACACAGUCCAUGUCACUGGCUUAGUGGUUCCUUUUCCCAGAUCUUCUACGGAGGUAGGUUGAUGGUUACCCUUUUGAGAAGUAGGAAACGGCUAAAUGCCUGCACUUCUGACCGGCUCUCAGGGGAAGGAAGACGCAAGACAUGCCAAGGACUUGGGGGACCUUCUGUUAUUCCUGUGCUUGGAAACCACGUGUUGCCGUUUGCAGAACCCCGUGGACUCCAGCACACCCGCCUGCAUCGCUUAAACCACCUGGUGGAGCAGGUGACCCACAUGCUCCUCUCCUCUUGGGCACGCUCUGUCUUUGGUGCCCCGCUGGGUGUGCAGGGGUGUCUUUAUUUGGGGAAACCCCCUCUUGCUAUCAUUUGAGGCCUUUGCCAAAGAAAAGCCAAAAACCUGUAACUCGAUAUAAUCAGCCUUAUAUGAUCUGAUGUAACUGGGAGAAGGGCUCCAGGCCAGCGUCCCUUCUCUCCUGUCUGUGUGCCAAGUUCAGUGUUCGCUCUGCAUUGCUACUGCGGUGAGUUGGAUGUAUAAUAAAAUCCCACUGGAAGGGCUAACUGUGGAGGA